CUGAUACAUAAGAGUGUGUGAAAAAAACAAAAAAAACAUCCGAGCCCUCAGUCUGCACAGAAGUCCAGUCUGACAUCUCAGCACAGUGACAUACGGAUGCCCGUGUGGCCGCACUGAUUAUCGUCGGCGGCUUGGAGAGAAAACGCUGCGUCCUGCCCUUCUGCGUCUUCUUGAACAGUGGGAGUCAUGAACCGCUGCAAGGUGACGCGUCCUCUGAUUUCGGGCUGAAAAACUUCAGCCGUGAAUUUUUUUUAUCACCAAUCUGACUGAACCUCGGGCGUCAAACUGCGCCGGCUGUGCUUCCCGAUCAGACGACACCAUCGGGACCAUCUUCUUGCGCAGUGACACGGCGAAGGGGAGCAAGCGGUGGCGGCGGUUGGAGGCGUCGGAGGCGGCCACUCCGGGGAAUGUCGACCGGCCGUCAGUCCUCCUGACAUCGGCCUCUUCUGAUCUCAGACGAGCGGCCAAAUGGGCUGCUCCUAUGGGUUUCUCAGUGUGGGUGACGCCAGAGCCUUGAUUAGUCAGUCUCUGUACACACCAGGUCUUUGUGUGGUCAGUGAAGCAUCCUGGAGAGAGAGAGCAUGGAAGUGUGUCAACUGAGCGUCUAGGUGAGAUGAGUGUCACCUGUAAGCAAUGUGAUCUCCACUAACGGGCACAGCUAAUCUUCAUACCAGACCUCCACUGUAAUCACCAGCCAUUCAAAUGCACACAGACAAUAAACUGGCCAAUCAUGGCAAGCAGGUCAGCAGUGACGGCCGGUCCCAGAUACCCGGUGUGAACCAGCAGGCUCAGCAGCAGCAGCAGCAGCAGCAGCAGCAGCAACAGCAGCAGCAGCAGCAGCAGGCGGCUGCAGCAGCAGCAGCCCACCUCGGUUCAAAGGCCGUUGGUGCCGGCAGCCAUGGAGUCAAAACCAACCAGAUUCCCCUCGGCGGCUCCGGGCUCAAGGCUGUCAGCCAAUCAGUGAGCAGUGUCGGGGGGAUGUUGAAAACCAAAUCCAAGCGGGAGCGCAGCAACUCUAUUGACUCUGGCGAAUCAAGAAAUGCCAUUCCUCCAGUCCUGGAGACAGAUGCCAAAGGAGAGGGUGUUAUGCGCAGUAAGCGACGCUGUGUUCUGGAGAAGAAACAGCCAUAUAGUGGAGAUGAAUGGUGCUCUGGACCAGAUACAGAGGAAGAUGAAGACAAGCCACACACUGCAGCCCACCGUGACCGAGGGCUCGUAGGUCCUAUCCAAGGUCUCUCCGACCGCCUGUCUGCAGCACCCAUGUCUGAAUCUGGGGGCGCGGUAAUGGGAUGUGGAGUGGGACCGGGGCUCAAAGCAGAAACACCUCAGCCUUCCCAGCAAGUGAUGUAUGUUUUCACAACCAGCCUAGCCAACAGUGCUGCAGAGGCAGUGAUGAAAGGACAGACAGAUUCUAUCCUACUGUUUCACCAGCAAAAUGUUUCACACUCCAAGUUGGAGCAGGGCCACCUAUCAGGGAAACUUCCUAACCUGUCUGAGAAGUUAAUCUCCAGCAACUCUCCACCCACGGCCCCAUCAAAAUCCCAAAGUGGAACUCCACGUCCAACUUCUGCAGGAGUUGGAGGUCCGUUGCAUUCUGCAGGGACACCUUCCUCAGUGGGACCUUCUGAUAAUGAAUCCUCCCAGACCAGACCGACCGGAGCUUCCAGCAAUAACAUCAUUGUCGCACAUAGGUCAGAGGGAGGGAACGCGGCCACACCUGCAGGCCCAGACCCAGGAACUGGAAAUGGGGAGGGUGCAGGUGGUAUGCCCCUCCCUGUUGCUACUGUCUCUCCCUCUGGAAGUCCUUCCAUCCUAUCUACUCACCUACAGAGUGAUACAGUUCAGAGGAGUGGCCCAGGGAACACUGAUGGUCUUUCCAAAGAGCAGCUGGAACACAGGGAGCGCUCGUUGCAGACACUCAGAGACAUAGAGAGGCUGCUUCUACGUAGUGGAGCAGGUGGAGGCACUGGAGACCCAGGGGCCUCCGGCAACAAUCCUCCUAAUAACUCAACCAACUUAAAUAAUAACAACAAUACUGAUAGGGGUAAUAUUCUUGAAGACAGCGAAAAGGGGUCUAAUAACUCUGGAAAUUGCAGUAGUGGUAAUAUGUUAUCAUCAGCCUUGGUUCCAAUGGGGGGAAUGAAGAAAUAUGAAGAACCCCUCCAGUCUAUGAUUUCCCAAACGCAGUCCCUUGGUGGACCUCCUCUUGACAGCCCUCAAAUAGACUCUCAUCAUAACCUACCACACCCCCAUCACCAGCUGCCAUCUCCUGGGGAUGACAUGGGUCCCUUACUUGGACAGGAAGGGCUGACCCCCGAGCAAAUGGCCUGGAGGAAACUUCAAGAAGAAUACUACCAGGAGAAGAGACGGCAACAGGAAAUGCAACCUCACCCCCAGCACUUUAGAGUGAUGUCAGAGAUGGGCAUGCCUGGUGGUCCCAUAAUGAUGAGAGGGCCUCCUCCUCCCUACCAUAGCAAGCCUGCAGACCAGCAGUGGGGUCCUGGCAAUAUGAUGGGAGGAGGAAUGGGUGGAAAUGGACGAAUGAUGGAUAUGCACCAAGAGGGACCCCGUGGCCCGAGGUUCCCAGGAUCAAUGCAGAGAGUGCCGCCUGGGGGAGUGGGCUUUCCUGGUAGUCAAGGGGGAGGUUUACCAUUGGAGGGUGUAGGACCUCAAAGGCCAGCCCGCCAAACGAUGAUUUGGAUUGAUGAUAACAUCAGUGGUGGAGGUUCUUUUCAUGGCUGCUACCCUAGUGGGCCUCAUCAACACAUGCAAGGUGACCCACGCGAAGAAAUGUUUCGCAUCAUAGAGAAGCGGAAUUUACCAAAUGUUUCUAGGUAUGAACUUGACAGAAUAGCUAAACAACAGCAACAGGGAAACAACUCGAGAAAUAUUGAUAAUAUUGGAGCCCCAGAUUUUUCCACUAUGGGAAUGGGCCGGGGCCCACCCACCAGUCGAGAUCCUUUGGACUUUCCUGGUCCGCGGGAGAUUAUGGGAUCUCCAGGAGGGGGUCCUCAGAUGAGAGACUUGAUGGAUUCUCCCCUGGGAAGCAACCUUGCAAUGAACAUGAACCCACAGAUGAAUGUUCAGCAACAGCAAAUGAUGCUGUCUCAGAAGCUCAGAGGAGGUCAUGCAGGAGGGGGACCGUUAGGUGAGAUGUUUGGAGAGAUUCCACGAGUCAGGGCUUCACAAAAUGGAAGAGGAGGAAAUAAGGGAAUGAUCCCAGGACACGAUGGUCCCUUCCAGUUUCCCAAUCAAGGUCCUUUCUCUGGUGGACCGGUGGAUGGGCCGUAUCUUCAACAACCUUGCCCUGAGAUGUUUGGGCCUGACCAGCAAGGUCCUAAUCAAAUGGGAGGUACACCACGGCUUAGUCAUAUGAUGAUGAGUGGGGGCCUUAGGGGAGCAGACCUCGGCCCAAGGCACCCUUCUGACCUGUCAGUCAAUGUAAACCCCCUGACCUCUCCUUCAGUGCCGCCUCCUCAUCAGCUCAAGUCUCCUUCCCUUAAUCAAGAACCAUCUCCUCUUCUGCAUUCACCCUCAGCUCCAGGUUUGAAGUCACCAUCACAUAUGUCCACUGCUGGACAUCACCCCCCUCUUCCCCCUGCAUCUGGUGCUGGGACUCCUUCCUCUUCUUCCAUGAAGUCUCCUCAAGUAGUAAUGGGGUCUUCCAACCUUGGGUUGCACUCUCCGUCUGCCUCUCCUGGGCGACUCAAGUCUCCAGCCAUGGCUGCGAGUUCCCCAGGGUGGACGUCUCCUAAAACAGCUCUUCCAAGUCCAAGUGGUCCAACCAAUGGGAAGGUAGUGAGCAAUGGAGGAAAUGGUUCCACUGAGACAGGCCACUCACUUCCACCCAGGAGCUCCAACUCUACCCCCAUAAGCCAGCCAGGUGCUAUGAAUCCUAGUAUGCCAUUUACUUCCUCACCCAGUGCCCCACCUACUCAGAAUCCUUUGUCCCUUAUCAUGUCUCAGAUGUCCAAGUAUGCCAUUCCCAGUUCUACCCCUCUCUACCAUGAAGCAAUCAAAACAAUCGCAACUUCCGACGAUGAGAUGUUACCAGAUCGACCGCUUCUAUCUGGUGUCAGCAUUGGAGGAAACAUGGGGAAUCCUCAGACAUCACAGAUGCUUGUAUCCCAGGGCUCCAUUGGUCCCCACAGUGAUCCACAAAGCCCCAUGGGAAUUGUAAGCCAAGGUCAACAGCACCUGUCUCAUGACCCUUCAGGACCUGUGCUCUCUUCCCCAAACCACAUGGGUAUGCCUGUCAUGAAUUCUGCCAUGAUGGGAGGAGGAGCACCUGAUGGAAUGGGGCCCUGCAACGUUUCACCUAUAUCCCAGAACCAGAUGGGAGGUUUUCCUCGCAUGCAGCCACCACCACAUGGGCCCAUGCACUCACCUAUAGGAGGAAUGUCACAAAAUUUCCCUCAUCCUAAUGAAGAUAUUCUGCAGCAUCAGCAAUUACACCUGCUGAGCAAAGGUCAUCCUCACCAACGCCCCCCUCACCCAUCAGCAGACUCAUUUGCCUCUCUUCCGAUGGGGGAUGGCCCAGAUCUAAGUGAAGUCAUAAGGCCCACUCACAGUGGCAUCCCUGAGUUUGACCUCUCCCGCAUCAUUCCUUCUGAUAAGCCCAGUAGCACUCUUCAGUACUUCCCCAAGAGUGAGCCACAUCAGAACCCACACCAGGGGCCGCCAUCCCAGCAACCUACCCCACAUCAGCUCCUCAAGCAGCUGUCUUCUUCUGGCCCUCCACACAACAGUGGCCCUUCAUCCAACCCGCAUUUAGCAAGCCUACAGAAUAUGAUGCCUGAACAGCAGCUACCACCUCACCCCUCUCAUGGUGGAAUACGCCAAAGCAUGGGCAUUCCUCACGGGGGCUCCAGGGGUAUGGUUUCAGGUGGGGGCAUGGGCCCCAUGUGCCCCCCAGGAAAUAUGAUGGGAAGGACAGGUCUAAUGCCCCCUCAUCAACUCCAGCAACAACAAGCCAUGAUGGCGAACAGCCUUCUCCACCAUCCCUCCAACCCAUACCCAGGCAUGAUGCCCUCUCAGCAGCACCCACAUAAUCUGAUGGCACAACAAAAUAUUAUGAUGAUGCAGGCUAAACAGCGAAGCAUGUCAAUGCCAGGGGAACCCUUUGGACCCCAAGGCCAUCUAAUGUCCCCUCAGGGUCCCAUGAUGGCCCCUCCCCACCCACAGUCUAGUAUGAUGGGCCCACAGUCUCUCAGACAGCGGGGAAUGUCUCUGGACAGUCCCAUUGGCUAUGGCCCUGGGGGUAUGGCCAAUAUGCCAUAUUGAUCCAGCUCAGUAAACUGUAAAACAUGUCUUCACUAGGGUACCUCCCCAUUGUGGCCCAUUUCUUUUUUUCAUUUAAUGUUAUCCUUGUAGUUGUUUGAAAAGAAUUGCUAUAAAAAAAUAAUUUAAAAAAACACCAAAAACAAACAAAAAAAAACAAAACAAAUCAGUGAUCUUCAAAUUUGGGAUUACAACUGAUGACAAAUGGAAUAUUUAAAAACACUGUAACACUGUUCAAUAACAAAUUUGAAGCCAUUUUCUAAAAAAACUGUAAAAUGUGUACAUUUCAAAAAUGUGUGUAUUUGUUGUGGGAACAGUGGCGGUCAGGAGAGGAGUGCCUCAAAUUUCUAUUUGUUUUAAUAUCAUUGAUUUAUUUUCUCCAACUGCUAAACUGUUGUGCAAAGGAAUUAUAUAUAUAUAUAUAUACAUAUAUAUAUAAAUAUACAUAUAAUAUAUACUUGCUGUAAAUAAGAUGCGAUUUGUGAUUGUUUGCAGUUGUUCUGUAUAACUGUGUUUUAAUAGGAGUCUAAAAUAAUAAGAAUAAUACUGAUA